CUCAUGUCUCCCGUUCCUCUCAGUCAAGAUUCCGGCAAUACAGCUUAAGCACAUUAGACUAUACAACAGACCUUCCUUCUAAGCCAUCUACCAUUCUCCAUCCACAACACCCGCAGUAUUUCCUCCGCUUACUGCAACCUACACCGCCAAAAGCCACGAGGAAUCACUCCAAGGUACCACAUUAACACUCCGAUUCUUCUACAACAGACCGAAGAUGACGUCCGACAUCCCCGACAUCCCCACAUUCCUCCCCAGUAUUCCUCCGCAAACCAAAGACGCCAUCAUCGAUCCCGUAUACCGCGCCCUUCUCGCGAUUGACACCGCCAAUCCUGCCCUUUUCGCCUCUGCCAUCCACGAAGCCGCCCGCUUCAGCUUGAACGGUCGUCUUCUCGAGGGCGCUGACGCCAUUAAGACACAUGUGUACGAUAUAGUGUCCAGGAUAGACACGACCCACCACCUGUCCAACCUCCGCGUCACCGCAUUCGAUGAGGUGAAAGGUACGGCUAGCUUGGUUGCUACCGUUCUGGCACAGCACUACCGACAGGCAGAGGGCCUGGAUGCUUCUUCCAAGGGAUUGUUGGCGGGAGGUUUCUAUUUUGUCGAAGCUGUCCGCGAAGGGGAAGAUAGUGAUGUGUGGAGGGUUAAAGAAUGGGUCUUGAGGGUUCUUUGGAGGGAAGGCGACGAGAGCGUAAUGGCGAGCGUCAACGGAAACGGUGACAAGAAGGAAGAGUAGAGAGGGAGGUCUUAUAUGGAACAAGAUGCGGACGACUAUAUGUAAAUGAUCUGGCUGGGUGGGUGAUUGGUAUCUUAUGAGAGGCACGCAUGAUGGGUUUUUAAGGCAUUCCAAAUCCAGAACAGCGAUCA